AUGGCUUCACAUCUCAGCCAGGACGAGUUCUUCGUCGGACUGGAGAAACUCUUCAAUCAUCGGAAGGGGAGCGACCAUGGAGCCGUCUACCUGACCCAGAAGCGCCUCUCCCACGACCAAGACAUGCCGUCUCCUACAAGGGAGAACCCCUGCCCUGAUCUUUCUCCGAGCCAGCCCAUGCCGGUCAUCAUCCGGGCUUCAAACGGCAAGUCUCGAAGGGCAGAAGGCGACAAGGUUAAAUUGAGUACCAUCGUCAAGCCCCAUGAACUGGACGGCUUUUACAGUCGGUAUGCUGAGGUCUGCAAGGCGGGAAUGGUAGCGUUGAAGCCGAGGGAUCGGAGCAAGAAGAAGGCCAAGGCUAGAAAGAAGAAGGCUACGUCGUAG